AUGCUAACCAUUUUGCCCUAUUGGCAGACACGGAUGAUGAAGCUCCUAACCCUACAACAACGAACCCAACACUGGAUGAGGAAAUGGAUAAAGAUUUGCCCUCUGAAAAACCACCACCAAUUUUCGUGUCCAAUUUCUUUUAAGAUGUCUGAAGAGCCGACAACUAGCCAAAAGCUUACCCAAUUUGUUUUCUCCCUUGAGGAGGAUGAUCUGGUAAUGGAAACCCGGCAACCCCCGACUAUAAACGACCAAAUGGCCGAGAUCAGCCAAAGGGUUCGGUCAUUGGAGACGGUGUUGGAGGCCAACACGAAGCAGCUGGCGGAGAACACGAAGGUUGCGAGGAUGACGGCCUUGUUGGAGAUUUUCGUAAAGGGGAAGGCGAAGAAUGUGGCUGUGGAUGUGGCGUUCCCAGUCACAUCGGAGGAAGACCUGGUGGCUUUAGAGCAGACCAUAAGCUCAGGGUCACAAGAACGCUACAUGGAAGCAAUAACAAAAAUUUUAAAAAGCAAUAGUUUGUCAAAGGCAAUAAAGGGCGUAUUGUCAGAAACGCUGUUGUGCGCCUACAACAUAGACGGCCUAAACGGGAAAAAGUCAUUAAAAGCAUUUCCCAAAUUCUUUUCCGUUCUGAUUGAUAUCAUAAGCACAUUAGAAGGCCAGCAGCCAGGAGAGAAGGCCUUGGCCCACGCACUGGCAUGUGUUAAAAAUAAUACAAACAAAAAAAGGAAAAAACUAGUCGAAUAA